AUGCUGCGAACUUCUCCUGUGCACUGGAGCCGACUCAGACCUCAUACACCUCGGAAGGAUGCCGUCCUGAAAUCUCGUUGUACUUGCUCCCAUGCCGCCAAACUUGAAAAUGCCGCCAAGCAACGAUCGACGUGUUUCGCCUGUGAGACCAGGAUUUCUCAAGAUAGGUUGCCGCAGCGGAACUGCAACAAAUAUAUACCCUAA